AUGAGUUACAAUCGUGGAAGGGGAAGAGGCGGUUACAGUAACUACAACAAUAGAUCUGGAGGAGGACAACAUCAUCAACAAAAUGUCGAUUCUUAUAUCGCUGCCAAUUCAAUUCCAAUUGAAAUCAUGGGAUGGAAUGGUGCUAGUCUGACUGAAUGUAUAAAUUUCAUUUCCAGAAAAUGUAGAGUCAUAGUAUCCAAUCAUUCUGUCGAUGAAAAUACUGGACUUUUAAAAGGUUAUGUAAAGACUGAACAACAAGUUAAUGAAUUAUUAAAUUGGAAUGGAGUAAGAUUUGCAGGUCAGUCAUUACGAUUUUCUAGAGCAACUAAUGGAUUAUCUAAUCAAAUGGGAGGAGGAGGAGGAGGAGCCCAUGGUGCUGCAAGUGGUGGUACUCAAAAUACAAUUGAAACUAUGACUCAAUUCUUAAAAUCAAGAUAUCAACCAGAAAUUAAAUUAUUAAAUUUAGCUAAUGUUAAACAAGAUCCAGGAUUACAAUCAAGUGGAUUCUUUACAAGUAUUUCAGUUUCAUCCAAGUUCUUUCCAGCAUUAAUGAAGAUUGCUGGAGAUUUAAAAUUAGAUGUUGUAAGUGUUGAUUUAUCAGGAAAUGAACUUGCUGAUUUACAAACCAUUUCAACUAUGGCAACAACAUUCCCAAGAUUACAAAAUCUUUCUUUACAAAGAAAUAAUUUCCAAAGAAUAAGAGUAUUUGAAUCUUGGAGACAUAAAUUGAAUUUCUUAAGAGAAUUAAUCUUAACUGAAAAUCCAAUCAUGAAUCAAACAAAUCCAACAGAAAUUCAAAAUAUAAAGCUUGAAUUAAUGAAAUCUUUCCCUAGAUUAGUUGUAUUGAAUGGUGAAGUAUUAAGAAAUGAACAAUUGUUAAAUACAAACUUAACAUUCCCAUUUGAUUCUCAGCAAGCUAUGUUCUUUCAGGAUGAUACUAUUAGAAACAUUUCCACUAAUUUCAUAGCCAAUUAUCUUAAGUUAUGGGAUUCAAAUAGAGCCGAUUUGAUGGUAUUAUAUCAAAAUGAAUCUCAAUUCUCCUUACAAUUGGAUACUUCCCAUCCGUAUCUUCUUGAAACUAAUAAUAAUUAUUCAAGUGGAACCGAUUUUGGUUAUUAUAUGCCCCAUUCAAGAAACUUAACCCGUGUCUCAUCAUCAAAAUCAAGAAUGUCCAAAUUAGCUAUUGGACAAGAACAUAUAUUUACAGCAUUUACUCAAAUACCUAGAUCGCAUCAUGAUAUAUUAUCAAAACCAGAACAUUUCAGUAUGGAAAGCUUUAGUUAUCCGGCCCUAAAUGGAGUCAUGAUUAUAAUUCAUGGAAGCUUUGAUGAAGUUGCCCAACCUGAUAAUUUAGAUCAUUUAAAUUCUGGCCCUCCACCAUCAGGUCCAAGAGGUAGAUAUAGUCAUCAUAAUCAAAAUAAAAAUAAAAAAAUCCCAUUGAGUAAGAAAAGUUUCGAUAGAAGUUUUGUUGUUAUCCCUGGUCCAAAUGGUACUAUGAUUGUUGCUAGUGAUCAAUUGUUAGUUAGACCAUUUACGAAUUCCGAUGCUUGGAAUCAACCAAAAUCCAACACCAUCCCACCACAACAACAAGUUCCACCUGUGCAUCAGACUCCAGGAACAUCUCCCGUUCCUGGGGUACCAGUACCUGGAGCACCCACAGUAGCGGAUUUACCAGUAGAAGUUAAAACGAAACUUAAUCCAAUCCAACAGGAAUUAUUGGUUAAGAUAUUACUAGAAACAAAGCUUAAUAUUACGUAUGGAUUAAUGCUUUGUGAACAAAGUAAUUGGGAUUAUCAACUUUGUUCAAUCAAUUUUAAGAAUUCUGCUGCUACUUUACCAAGAGAAGCUUUUGUUGUAUAG